AAUGAUGAGUGUGGAGUCAAAUGUGACAUGAUGAUGCAGUUUGUGAAGGAUUUCAAGGGUGCAGCCCAGAUUCUCGAGAAAGGCGGUUACUCUCAGUUCACACCUCAUUACAUUACUUGGUAUUGUCCGCAGGCUUUCACGUUGAGCAGACAGUGCAAGUCCCAGUGUAUCAACAAGGGACGAUACUGUGCUCCUGAUCCGGAACAAGAUUUCAGCUCAGGUUACGAUGGAAAAGAUGUGGUUAUGGAAAACUUGAGGCAGCUCUGUGUUUACAAGGUGGCAAAUGAAAGUGGAAAACCCUGGAUUUGGUGGGACUAUGUCACUGAUUUCCAGAUCAGAUGCCCCAUGAAGGAAAAGAAAUACAACAAGGAUUGUGCUGAUUCUGUUAUCAAAUCUCUU